AUGUGUGGUGUUGUUAUUGCCUUCUCAAGGGUUAUGAAUACCCCAAAGUCUUUGGCGCAAACCAACGUCGUCAAUCAAUUCCGAGGCUCUCAAAAAGCCUUAUCACCCCAAUUGAGAAGCCAACAACAAAUACAAGAUAUUCACGAAAUUGCCACGAUGGGUGUUCCUUUCGAAGCUCUCCUUCCAUAUGGAAUCAUGCUUGCCAUGUUCGGUAUUACUGGUGCUGGAAUGUCUGGAGUUAGAGCUUUGCAAAACGGUGGAAAGAGAGCCAGACAUUCUGUAGAUGCCUGGGACAGAGUGAUGAUGGACCGUGAUAGAAGGUUGACUGGAUUCCUUCGAGGGCAAACCGACAACCCAAGUGCUCCUCUGGGAUUCGAGUUGAAUAACCCAUGGAGACUCGAGAAGAGAUUCAUCUAG